AUGGCGGCUCCCAUGCAGCUGAAUUGCUGGGGAGGCGAUUGGGGAUUACCUUCUGUCCAGACUGAGUCUCUCAUUGUUCUGGCAUAUGCCAAGUUCUCUGGAGCGAAGGUUGACGUUUCUCCUAUAGACUGGACAUGGAGAACUUUAACUGCUACUGUUCCAGAGCUGGUGUGUGGAGAGUCCACGGUAACAGAGGCUACACGGAUUCUCAACUUCCUGAGAAAACAUAGAUUCAAUGCUGACUAUGAGCUGACAGCCAGACAAGGAGCAGACACCAUGGCUUACAUUGCUCUGCUGGAGGAGAAGUUGCGGCCAGCUCUACUACAUACAUUCUGGGUGGAUGCGGAGAACUACGCCAAUCUGACGCGGCCAUGGUUUGCGUCACGCUCACCGUUCCCUCUCAAUUUCCUGGUGCCUCGUUGCCAUGCCAACACAGCCCUCUCCCGUAUCCUGCUGACCAAGGGAGAGUCUCCCCUACACACAAUCAGUGAGGUGGAGGGAAAGAUCUACAGUGAUGCUAAGGAGUGCUUGAAUCUCCUUUCCCACAGGCUGGGAACAGCAAACUACUUCUUUGGCAACUCGCCAGCUAGUCUGGAUGCUUUUGUGUUUGGUUUUGUGGCUCCACUCCACAAGGCUGCACUCCCUAGUAGUCCCCUGCAGAAUCAUCUCAGACAGCUGGCUAACCUCACCAGCUUCUGUGACAACAUCCUUGCUGUACAUUUCAGCUCUGGCCAUCUUGGUUCUCAGCUACCAAUUCAGGAAACAGUGGAUGCCAAUCUACAGAAACUAACACAACUUGUAAACAAAGAGUCCAACUUGAUUGAAAAGAUGGAUGACAACCUUCGUGGUAGCCCUCAGCACAAACCCCGUAGACCAGACCCCAAACCCAGCCUCGCUGAUGAGAGGAGCUCUACCUCUGCCUAAUCCCCUGACCCUGACCCAAGAACCCCAAGUUCAGCCUUAGGAAUGGAGAGGGACCUCUCUGUGAAAGAAAGAUGUGCUGUCCUAAAUCUGACCCAGACAGGUACCCAAGACCUAUGCCCUGGAUUGGAAAGUUUGAUGGUCUGAAAUAUACCAUCCAUUUGUAUAAUGACUGAAAUGAAACAUGUAAAACGUAAUAAUUACAGCUAACGGACUUAUUAUACCAAGUGUCUACCAUCUAAGUUUUAGCCAUCAAAGGUAAUGAUGAUAGAUUUCAAAGAUGUGUGUUCGGAAACAAAAUGAAAGUACAUGUGGAAGGUUUGGAAUUGGCUCAGCGCAUGUAUGUGGUUAAAGAAGGAAUGCUGUGAAGUGGUGCUAAAUGAGACGGCCCCAGAAAGUUCAAAGGAAAGCCGAAGGAAAUGAAAAGCCCAGCAGGAGAAAUUAGUGGCACCCUAUUAUGAUGCUAUACAGACCUUUUUAGUACGUCAGUUGUCCUAAUUUCCUGUAACCCCUUCCUUCUUUUCUUUUUUUUUUUUUUUCUCUUUGCGGGACUCACAUUUUAUGAACCAUGGGGUGUUUCUGUUUGUUUCGAACAGUAGAUUUUGCACUGCAGUUGUUGCACCGUAGGAAGCUGUCAUAUGUGAUGUGUCAUGAUUAUAUCAUUGUCUGUGUAAUGAGGUCACUGUGGUAGAUUCAUACAGGGCUAGAGUGUUUAUUUAAAGUUACAAGUUUGUAGGUAUUUAUAAGCAUGAGGUCCCAUCGCCUUAUAGCUCAGUUAACUACUGUCAUGAUAACAGCAUAGUUAGUUUAUGUUAAUCUGGUUUGUAAAUGUUUGUUUAGAGCUAUUUUUUCAAGAGGGAUUUAGAAAAGUUCUGCUCCAUUUCAAAGGCUAGAUCCUUCAUUACGUCUGUUGAACAAGUAUAAUAUACGCUAUAUAGAUCGUGUCAGAUCCUUAGGAAUUGAUCAUUCCUCAAUUUUCUUUGCCUCCAGCUCUUUUCGACUCACUAGGUUUUCCCAAGGCUUGCAUAAUUGUUAAUGCAUUCACACUUCGUUUCAAGUUAAUUAUUCAAUGCAUAUUCAAUCAAUGUCAUUUCCAUUAUUUGGGUAAAUCAGUGUAAUGUGUGUGCGGAUCGGCUUUCUCGCAAUCUUUUCUUUACUUGACAGACCAAGGUGAUCAGAGGGCCUGAAAUGCUUUACAUCAAGAAUGCUGAAUCUUAAGGACUAAAAGCUAUACUAUAAAAAAAAAAAACAGAAAGGGACUGCCAUUAGCAUCAUGAAUUUGUUUUCUGCAAUCUUUAUCUCUGCACUUGCAAGAGGUGCUUUACCAGUUAUAAUCCACUCAUCUUGUGCAGUCAGUGUUCUUUUUUUCUCCACAGUGGGAAAUAUUCUUUGUAAAAUAUCUUUAGUAAUUUUUCAUCGUUUGCUGUGUCUGUUUAACAGUCGCCUUGUAUAACCUGAGCCGUCAUUUCUACUUGGGGAUGGCUCAUGAGCUGCCUUUUGCACUUUUAUUUUACAGUCUUUUCAGCCAAUAUUUUAACGGGGCUGUGAAAUGAACUGCUACAGUUUGCAGUUUUGCUAUCACAUUUCCUAAUGCCCCCACAGAUCUUAGCUCACAUGUGUCAAAUCCAUAUGCAUGCAUUCAUGCUGUGCGUUUUUGUGGUAUUUUUUAAUUUUGGUGCUGGUUCUUCUCCUGGUCUGAAACUAAAAAGUCACUGGUAACAACUCUUAGAGACUCUAUUGGAAAAGACCCAAAUUCACUUUAUGGAUGCAUUCCCUUUGAAGCACGUAGGGGGAAAGGUAUUAUUGGGAGAUUUUUGUUGUUAGUUACAGUAUAUUCUUGGAAAAUAAGCAUAUAUAUGUUAGGACAGCAUGGGUACGGUGUGCCUUAUGACUGCCAUGGGGUUUGUACUGCUGUCUUGCCAUUAUGCCAACAAAGGUUCUUUAUGACUGUCAUGUUGUCAGAAAUUCUUUGUCUUAUCCAUCGCUGUUCAUACUUCAAAUGUUUAAUAAUUGUUUUCAUAUCAUUGCAAUACAAUUAUGAUAAAUAAACCGUA